GCUAUAAAACUCGUGACUGUGAAUUAUGUGUAUGAUUGAUUUAAUGCAAUUUUCCAGCAGCAUUGACCAAACAAGUAUUCGGCUGCAAUGUCUCUGUUUUACUUGUUCAUUUUACUGGUAGCAGGUUUAGCUCAUGCUGCACACGAUUAUGUUAAAGACGGGCGUAAUGUGGACGGCCCAUUCCCUUCUAACUUAAGAAAUAUACCAUACUUCUGCUAUCAAGCGCCUUCGAAAGGACCCUGUGGUCUUAUGUUGAAAGCUUGGUUCUUCGAUAUUGUCACUAGAAAAUGUAUGCCGAUGUACUACUCGGGAUGUGGGGGCAACGAAAACAGAUUUGAGUCUAAAGCCGAGUGUCGAGCGUAUUGUGAAGGCACUAGACCAUUGUAGAAUUUUAAUAAACAAGUCUACAUAAGCACUUAACGAUCUAAAACGUGCUUCUAUACGGCGUUUGUUUUCUAAGCUGUAAACCACUGAAAACAUACUUGUUUAUUAAAAUAUGUUUUUUCUUA